CGGUUCCAAACCAAAGAAAAAACUCGACCGUUGCCUCCAACCCUAAUUUCAAAUCUUACCAACUCCUACAACUGCUCUAAAGUUGAUAGAAAUUCAAGAAACCACUCCUACAAGCCCUAUCAUUUUCUCCAUUUCUCCAAAAAUGGUGUCCAAAGUCAUCAAAAGAACUCCAACAAAGUCCAUCAAGAACCGGAGGAAUGUUCGUCGUAGUAGCCGGAAGAAAUCCCCUGCUAAAAAUCCAGCUUCUGUAGUUGUUGCUUCUAUUAACAAGUCUUUGUACACUUGUCAUCGUCGUCUUAUUAAACUCUUCUCCAAAUUCGCCCGUCUUUCUACUCCUAAGAGAAGUCCUAGCAAGAAAGGAUAUCAGCUUCUUGGUAAAGUGUUUGAUGAACCUGAAAAUGGGAUCAGUUUGAGGAGAUCUCUUUUUAAUGAUGGAAAUGCUCUUCCUCCGUUGGUUACAUCAGAGAAAAAGACGAUUUUUCUUGACUUGGAUGAGACUUUAGUGCAUUCUAAUCCAAACCCACCUCCAGAAAAGUACGAUUUUGUUGUUAGGCCGGUGAUUGAUGGACACAGAGUAGAGUUUUAUGUGUUGAAGAGGCCGUUUCUGGAUGAAUUUUUGGAGUUUUUGAGUGAGAAGUUUGAGGUUGUUGUGUUCACUGCUGGGCUUAAGGAGUAUGCUUCUCUUGUUCUUGAUAGAAUAGAUAGGAAAGGUUUGAUUUCGCAUAGAUUGUAUCGGGAUUCUUGCAAGGAAGUUGAUGGGAAGUUUGUGAAGGACUUGGCUGACACCGGGAGAGAUAUGAAGAGGGUGGUGAUCGUUGAUGAUAACCCGAAUUCUUACCUUUUUCAGCCGGAAAAUGCUAUUCCGAUUAGGCCAUUUACCGAUGAUCUUGCUGAUGGGGAGCUCAAGAAGCUCAUUGAGUUCCUUGGUGGGUGUAAUGAAGUUGAAGAUAUGAGGGAUGCUGUGAAGGUUUAUCUUGCUGAAGAAGAAGAAUGCAUAUCAGUGGAAAUUUAAUCCUUUUUUUUUCUUUCUUUUUAUGCUUAAUUUAUUUCUGCAUUUGCUUUUGGUUGCUUUUCUGGGGGACUGAUGUAAUAGGUUGAACACCUUUUGUGUUCAAUUGGAAAUGAGAUAUGAAACUGGGAACUGUAUACAAUUCUGAAAAUUUUAGUGCAAAACUGUCCGUGUUUGUUCUCCUGA